AUGUCUGCAAACAGACUGGAGGGUAAAAUCGCAAUUAUAACAGGAGGAGCAAGCGGGAUUGGGGCUGAGUCCGUCAGGUUAUUUACGGAACACGGCGCUCGAGUCGUUAUCGUUGACGUGCAAGACGAGCUCGGUCAAAACCUCGCCGUUUCGAUCGGAGAAGACAAGGCGACUUACUAUCACUGCGAUGUGAGAAACGAGACGGAAGUAGAGAACACUGUUAGAUUUACCGUCGAAAAACAUGGAAAGCUUGACGUUCUGUUUAGUAACGCCGGCGUUAUAGAGCCGUAUGUGAGCAUCCUCGACUUAAACCUCGACGAGUUAGACCGAACGGUCGCCGUUAACCUCCGCGGCGCAGCCGCUUUCAUCAAACACGCUGCACGUGCCAUGGUUGAGAAAGGCACGCGUGGCUCCAUCGUUUGCACAACCAGCGUUGCCGCUGAGAUCGCUGGGACCGCACCACACGGGUACACGGCGUCAAAGCAUGGGCUAGUGGGAUUGAUCAAAUCAGCUUCGGGUGGAUUAGGGAAAUACGGGAUAAGAGUGAACGGCGUUGCUCCGUUUGGGGUGGCGACACCGUUAGUUUGUAAUGGUUUCAAGAUGGAGCCAAACGUGGUGGAGGAGAACACGUCAGCGUCGGCGAAUCUAAAGGGUAUUGUGCUGAAAGCUCGCCAUGUGGCAGAAGCAGCUCUGUUUUUAGCAUCGGAUGAGUCGGCUUACGUUAGCGGACAGAACCUGGCCGUUGACGGCGGUUACACGGUGGUUAAGCCUUAG